AUGAGGACGAGUACCAAAGCUGCAUCUUCCAUUAAUCUGAAGGUCAUAUUCAUAUGCUGCUCAAUCUUGAUCUUUCUGGUCAUCUUUUUUGCAAGAUCCAGCAUCUCUUCCUCCUCAAAAUCCAUCUCUAAAACAAAACAAGAAGAGGAAAAUCAACCAAAACAAGAAGGAUGUCCAUCAACACAACAGCAAUGCACAAAGAUGCCAGUUUCUUUAUCCGACGCAUUGGUUCACUACGUCACCAGUAACGUCACUCCACAACAGACUUUCGAUGAAAUCUCUGUUUCAAAGAGAGUCUUGGACAAGAAGUCUCCUUGCAACUUCCUCGUCUUUGGUUUAGGUCACGAUAGCUUAAUGUGGGCAUCUCUCAACCAUGGUGGUCGUACCUUGUUUAUUGAGGAAGACAAGGCUUGGAUUGCGAUUGUGACGAAAAAGUUUCCAAAUUUAGAAUCUUAUCACGUCGUUUACGACACUAAAGUGAAAGAUUCUGACAAACUGAUGGAGCUGGGAAGAUCAGAGGAGUGUAGAUCCGUCUCCGAUCCGAGGAAUUCGAAAUGCGAGCUUGCGUUGAAGGAUUUUCCGGCGGAUUUUUACGAGACGAAAUGGGAUCUGAUCAUGGUGGAUGCUCCAACUGGUUACCACGAAGAAGCUCCCGGGAGGAUGAGUGCUAUUUACACGGCGGGGCUUUUGGCUCGCAACCGGGAAGACGGAGAGACCGAUGUUUUUGUUCACGACGUUAACCGGCCGGUGGAAGAUGAGUUCUCGGCGACGUUCUUGUGCAAAGGUUACAUGAGGGAGCAGAAUGGGAGGCUCAGACAUUUCACAAUUCCGAGCCACCGGGCUCGAUCUGGACGACCGUUUUGUCCGGUGGAUGUUGAUCGCCGCCGUUGA